AUGGCAGCUCCCGUAGAAAGGCUGUUAGGUGAUUACGGUGGAGCGAAUGCACCAGCUGGCCGGAUGACAAUUGUGAAUCAACCGGUGGAUGUUGCUCACUUUCAGUUACAUCCAGCAACUAUUAGACAGCUGGAGAAGAAACCAUUUUCGGGAAGGAUAAAUGAAGAUGCUAAUAAGCAUUUACAAAGGUUUCUCACCAUGACAACUUCUCUAAAGAUCGAAGGACACUCUGAAGAAGCAAAGAAAUCUAGGAGAUUCUUCACUCGACCCAGUGCAAGAAAUGUUGGAGAACCAGAAAGAUUAUUUCGAGCAAGACGCCGAGAAGCUAAACAAAGAGAACUGGAAGCAAAAGAAGAACCGCUGAUAGUUUCAGAUCCCGAAACAGAGAAGACUCAUUCAAUACAUUCUGAGGAUUCAGAUUCUGAACCUGAAACUAUGGCCGAAGACCCACCUCCUGUGGAAAGGCUUUUAGGUGAUUAUGGAAGAGCAAAUGCACCUCUUGGCUGGAUGACAAUUGUUAACCAACCGAAUUUUGUGAAUGGUCUUAAGCUUAAGACUAAACAAUUAAUUGACACAGCUGCUGGUGGUUCAACAAAUUUUAAAACAGCCACUGAGAUAAAGAAGAUCAUUGAUGCUAUUGCAGCAAACGAACACUUAGAGCUGUAUGACCGCAGUGUAAAUCAACCAGAAGGGUUAGUUGAUUUGAAGUUGACGAAUCAAGUUGUUAAGAUGGAAGAGCAGAUCGCAGCUGAAGUUGAGCGCAGAUUAAAACAAAUGGCUCUUGAAAAACAAACGGUGGCUCAAAUUCAACCUGCACAACCGACUCAAGCAGUGAAUUGUGAAAUAUGUGGGGGACCUCACUUUGCCGUGCAUUGUGUGGUCACAGCUCAGCAGGUGGAAGAAAUCAAUUUUUUGAAGCAGAACAACCCUUACUCUAAUACUUACAAUCCAGGGUGGAAGAAUCAUCCAAAUUUCUCCUGGAAGGAUCAACAAGGGAAUGUUCCAAAACAAGGGGUGAUUCCUUAUCAAAAUCAGCCACAACAACAACAGCAGUAUCGAUCACCACAACAACAACCGUAUCAACAACCUUAUCAACAAGCUCAACAACAAUUCCAACAACAAGGGCCAAGAAAAGCAGAUUGGGAGAUCGCAAUUGAAAAAAUGGCUGCUCAAGGCUCUCAAUAUCAAGAAGAAACAAGAAGUAAUUUUCGGAAUACUGGAGCUUCAAUUAAAAACCUUGAAAUUCAGAUGAGUCAAAUAGCACAACAAUUGGCAAGUCCUCAACAACAGGGUGCUCUACCUAGUACCACAGUUACGAAUCCCAAAGAUCACAAUAAUGUGAGUGCUAUAGUAACAAGAAGUGGAAAAGCGAAGGAAGUUGUGGAGGAGAACGCUGAAGAAGAAGAACCAUUGCUUGAAGUAGAUGUAGAAAUAAAAGAGAAUGAAGCACAAGUGGAAGACUUGGGUGUGUUGGAACCAACAACUAAAGGGAAGACUAGUGAACAAAAACCGGAAAUCAAAUUACCCUUUCCAACAAGAAAUAAGAAGAAAGGACAGCACGAGAAAAACUUUCAAAAAUUCUUGGAAAUGUUCAAGAAACUUGAGUUGAACAUACCAUUCCUGGAAGCGCUAGAACAAAUGCCUACAUAUGCCAAGUUCAUGAAAGAUAUCAUCUCCAAGAAAAGAACAACCGAUUGGUAUGAAGAUUCCGGUGAAGAAGAAAGACCGAGGCUCUGUAACUAUUCCUUGUACUAUUGGGGAUAG